UAUAUGCCGCCAAACCCGACGGCCACCACCCCAGAGCAGUAAACUCCGCUACAGCACACACAAACCAGAGACCACACAGGCAGCCAAGGAACGUGAGAUCGGCCGGACGGAGAUGGGCGCGAGCCUCCUGCAGGCGGUGGCGGCGCUGGUGAGCACGUGCACGCGGCGGCUGCAGCGGGCGGCGAGGAGGAUGGGCGCCGGCAACGGCAACGGCAAGCCGGCCGUGGCGCCGUGGAGGAAGGCCUUCUCGCUGCCGACGGGCAAGGGGAAGGCGGCGGGGCGGGAGGAGGAAGAGGGCGGGCUGUGGAGGAAGGAGAUACUCAUGGGCGAGCGCUGCCAGCCGCUGGAGUUCUCCGGGGUCAUCUACUACGACGCCGACGGACACCGCCUCGCGCAGCCGCCCCGGUCGCCCAUGCGCAGCCCGCUCCCGGCGUCCUUUAAGCUCGCUGCCAACGCCGGCGUCUGCUAGCCAGCGUCCGUGCGGAGGCACUCCUCCUCCUCCUCGUCCUUCCUUGGGCCGCGGCUUGAGCCGAGCAGAGCGGAAAGAUGGCGAAGCUUGCUCUGUGUUUUGUCCGGUGAGAGAGGCAGAGUAUUCGUGUAUAUGUUGCUUCUUCUUAGUGCUCUGUUUGCUUUUCUUUUUUCAUUAAUGGUCUUGUAAUGAUAGGAAUUAUAAACUAUACUUUCCUGCAAAAUUUGGUGUUGUCUGAGCAAA